UAACCAAGAAUGGUCAGGAGUGCGUGUUGUGUGUUUCACGAGAGUGCUACGAGUUGGGUUCGUGGUCGGAGUGUUUCAAUAUUCUUACGGAUUCUCCAAUUGCAUACAAGUUCCUUUCAUUUAUUGUCUUGGGAUAAAAAGAAACAGAAAGAGAGAAAGAGAGAUAGACAGAAUAAAAAUAACACAAAGUGUUCCAUCAAAAUGUCGACCAUAUUGAAGAAAAUUGCAUUAAAUAUAUUUUUACGCGAAGAGAACAGAAUAAUGUGAAUAAUUGAAAAAAAAAGAAAAAAAAGAAUUUAAAAACGUGGGCAAGGUUAUGGGCGUGCUCAAAGGAUUCCUUUUCAGUGGUUCUCAUUUAUUCGUCAUUCUGUUGGAUAUCAAAGAGAAGCUUGUUUCCUCUUGAUCGGUGUAACGUGAAAAUAGUUGUGACGUAAGCACCUGAAAAAAGGAAACGCGAUAAGAAGAAAAGAUGACGCGUAAACUGAGCAAGUUUUUGAUAUUCUUCGACAAUACUAAUCUAUUAUACUUUCCCGGUCAUUUCUUGUCCGGACGUGUGCUCAUCGAGCUCGACGAUGAAGCAUACGUCUCUGGAUUGCAUUUUCACGUUGUUGGUGAAGGAGUCGUUCGUGUUAGAAGCCAACGUGCUGAAAGGGUCUACGAUAAAGAGAACUACAUAGAUUUUCGAAUGAGACUUCUUGGCGAACCAGGGGAAGGACCGUCGCUCUUAUCACCAGGGAUUCACAGUUUUCCUUUUAAAUUAGGCUUACCUUUGGGAUUACCAUCAACUUUCUUAGGUAAACAUGGUUGGGUUCAAUAUUAUUGCAAAGCAGCGCUACGAGAACCAGGUGGAUUGACGCAUAAAAAUCAACAGGUUUUCAUCGUUAUGAAUCCAAUCGAUUUGAAUCUCGAACCACCGAUUUUAGCGCAACCUGCCAGGCAAGAAAUAGAACAACGGGUUGGCGUCUCCUGUGUGUCGGGUGGUCCGGUCUUUUGCAGAGUGAGCUUGGAUCGAGGCGGAUAUGUUCCUGGAGAAAGCAUCGGCAUCUCUGCUACGGUUAAUAAUCGUAGCAAGGUGACGAUGAAAUCAACGAAAGCUUUUUUAACGGAAACUAUUCAAUAUCUAUGCCGUGGAAAGGUGCUGGCUAGUGAAACACGAGAACUAACUAGUGUGUCGAGAGGGAAAAUCCGGCCAGGUGAAGGUGAAGAAUGGCUAAAUGAACAAAUGUACGUUCCACCUUUACCACCAACCAAUCUCAGAGGGUGUCAUUUGAUCAACGUACUGUAUCAUGUUUAUUUCGUUAUAAGCCCAAAGAGCCUAGAUAAGGAGAUAAAACUACAGAUACCAAUCGUACUGGCAACAUAUCCGCUAAGACAGGAAGGAGCACCAACAGGUACUGCACCUUCCAAACGUGGAGCACAUUACCCUUCAACGCUACCUAUUUUUAGACCAUGGCUUGACGACAAAGCUUUUGAGAUACAAGAAUGAAUGAAUGUAUUUAUUGUUUCACAAUAUUUGAAAUCAUCAAAACGUGUACAAUAACCAGAACACGAUGUCUGAUUUAUAAAAAUCGGAAAAAUCAAAGAUAAAAUAUACUUAUAACACUGCUUUCUAAUGAUAUUUUGAAAAAAAAAUCGGAAAAUGAUCGAAUUAAUAUUCUGUGAUCCAAAUAUAUUGGAUGUUUAUUAAGAGUACACUCAAGAUCUUUAUGUAUUAGUUAACUAAUUUUAUGAAAUAUUUAAUUGAAAAUAAUUA